AUGUUGCGACUCAAACUGGUGCAUUGUGUUGCUGCUCCAGGUCACUGUCAAGACUGCUCAUCGAGGGCCAUAUCGUGGAGAAUCACCCAUUUCCCUGCUCCCGUCACUUUCCAAUGGUGUGCCCACUGUUCAGACUUGGGGGCAUAUUUGGCUGUUUUUAUCGAAAUGGGUGCCCGAUUUUCAGACAGAUAUCGAGUGGGAGGAAAAAGCACAACUCAACACUCUUCCAACUUGCUGAAGCCAAAAUGA